CAUCGAUCACAUCAUUUCAAUCUACAUUAUUAACAUCAUGAACGGAGUCUAUCCCAGGUACCACAUACUAGUCAUGGAGAUGCUUCGUCGGGUAUUGGUAUUGUUCUUCUUCAUAACACCCAUCGUCUCAUCGCAAGACAAGGAGAACUGUACCCACUACGUCCCUGGAAGUGAUCCCUCGAGUCAACCUAAGACUUAUUGCUCGCCGACAGAUUUCAACUGGAAUUGUUCCGUUGCUAUUCCGGGAACCACCUUGCACUAUCAACAAGGAGCCAUCAGCUUGUGCCGAUGCUGUACACCAGUCUACGGAUGGAACGGAACAUUCACAAUUUGUCAAAGUAAUGGAAAGUCAGAUCAACUGACUCCUUGUGGUGACGGAUUUCACAACUGGAACAGUCCCUUCUCAUCCGCGGAGUAUGUCGAAGUCUCUGAACACGCUUACUGGGUGUGCCAAAAACAAAACCCCUUAUCCG